AUGGAAAGUCAGAAGUUUUUGGCGGAGAACAGCGCAAGCGUGUACAUAAAGAAAGUGGAGGCGCGGAUAAAUGAGGAGAUCGAGCGCGUGCUGCACUGCCUGGACAAGACAACGGAGGAGCCCAUCGUCAAGGUGGUGGAGCGGGAGCUCAUCUCCAAGCACAUGAAGACCAUCGUGGAAAUGGAGAACUCGGGCCUCGUCCACAUGCUCAAGAACGGAAAGACAGAGGGUCAGUUUGCCACACUACUACUACUAUUGAAAUACCUUUGACAGGGCCGAUAGGGCUCUGGUGAAAAUUAGUGCACUAUAUAGGGCAUAGGGUGCCAUUUGGGAUACAGACCUUUUGUCUUUCUUUUUUCAUGAAAGGGAUAUUUCACCCUGACGUUAAAGUUUGUCAUACAUUUGCAUACCUCUUAAGAAGUAUUUUGUAGAGCAGAAUAAUGUACAUUGUGUGAAUGUGUGUUGUUAUCGUGUGCAUACUUGGCACCACCCGUGCCAUUGUUUUGAUAUCAAUGUCAGCAUAUUCAAUAUUUCUUGUGAUAGAUAUUGGCGGGUGGUCUUUGGAUACUAACGUGUUUGUACUGAUGUGUGUGCGUGAACACAGACCUGGCGUGUAUGUAUAAGCUCUUUAGCAGAGUGCCAAACGGACUGAAGACCAUGUGUGAGUGCAUGAGCUCCUACCUCCGCGAGCAGGGCAAGGCGCUGGUGUCAGAGGAGGGCGAGGUCAAAAACCCUGUGGAUUACAUCCAGGUAAUUUACACAGGAAGUGACAUCGUUGACAUGGGGCAGGGGGUCCACUAAAAAUUGAUCUCUGACUACAUUCCCAUUCUCCCGAAUUGUGCAUUUCCACACUCUCUGGUCAUGGAUUUAACAAUAGUGGAAACUCCAGCAAAUGCUUACACCGAUCCAAUGCUGUUAAAUCUACUACAGGGAUGCAAUUUCUGUUGUUAUACUCCAUAUUGACUCUAGAUGGCAGCGUACACAAGAGCAUGGAGUAAGUGCCACUGCUUUCCAAUAAUGUCACGUUUUCUUCCUUCCUCUGGUUUUUGUUGUCUGCAGGGUCUGUUGGAUCUGAAGUCGCGUUUCGACCGCUUCCUCCUAGAGUCGUUCAACAACGACCGGCUCUUCAAGCAGACCAUCGCAGGGGACUUUGAAUACUUCCUCAACCUCAACUCGCGCUCCCCCGAGUACCUCUCCCUGUUCAUCGACGACAAGCUGAAGAAAGGCGUAAAAGGAGUGAGUGGUUUUCUGAUGUAAUGGGGAGGAACGUCCUCCCCUCAUUCACUACAUAGUGCCCUACUUUUGACCAGGGCUCAGCACCCUAUGGGCCCUGGUAAAAGUAAUGCACAAUAUAGGAAAUAGGUGCCAUUUGAUUGUGACAAACAUUUGGUUGUGUUUCAGAUGAUUUUGUGCCCAAUAGAAAUGAAUGGUAAAUAAUGUAUUGAGUCACUUUUAUUGUAAAAAAUAAUAUAUGUUUCUAGACACUUCUACAUUAAUUUGGAUGCUACCAUGAUUAUGGAUAAUCCUGAAUGAGUCGUGAACUAUCAUACCCCCAAGACAUGCUAACAGGGGAGGUUAGCAUUUUUAGGAUGGGUGUGAUAUUCUCACUCAUUAUUAUUCAUGAUUCAUUCAGGAUUAUCCGUAAUCAUGGCAGCAACCACAUUAAUGUAGAAGUGUCUAGAAACAUAUUCUAUUCUUAUUUACAAUAAAAGUGACUCCAAAAUGACAAUACAUUAUUUACCAUUCAUUUCUAUUGGGCACAAAAUAAUCUGAAACAACCAAAACAAACAGCAAAUGCAUCCAACCAAUUUGUAGAGUCCAAGCUUGAUGUAGUCAUUGCAUGCUAUGAAUAUGGGACCAAAUACUAUACUUUUUACUACUUUAAUACACAUAAGUGAUUUUGUCCCAAUACUUUUGGUCCCCUAAAAUGGGGGGUGACUAUGUUCAAAAAGUGCUGUAAUUUCUGAACGGUUCACCCGAUAUGGAUGACAAUACCCUCAAAUUAAAGCUGACAGACUGCACUUUAACCUCCGUCAUUGUAUCAUUUCAAAUCCAAAGUGCUGGAGUACAGAGCCAAAACAACUACAAAAUUGUCACUGUCCCAAUACUUUUGGAGCUCACUGUAUAAGGAGUUCAAUAUAUUUGAUUAAAUCAGUGUUUGAAAUGUAAUCAUUUAAAGUGUGUAUGUGUGCUCGUGUAACGCUCGCUGUCCUCUCGUUCUGUGUGCGUAGUUGACGGAGCAGGAGGUGGAGUCGAUCCUGGACAAGGCCAUGGUGCUCUUCAGGUUCAUGCAGGAGAAGGAUGUGUUUGAGAGGUACUACAAACAGCACCUGGCCAGGAGGCUGCUCACCAACAAGAGCGUCUCGGACGACUCGGAGAAGAACAUGAUCUCUAAGCUCAAGGUGAGGCGACUGAGGAGGAGGAAGUGCAGUAGCUGCAUAUCUUAAGAUCUUCCAUCCAUUAACACAUUCAUCAACUGUUUGUUUCAGAUGUAUUGUAGAACCUUCAAUACCUAAUAAGUGCGACCUUAAGAUUUUCAAUAUAAGUACAUACCAGACCUGUGUUCAAAUACUAUUUCAAAUCUUUAAAAUACUUUGAGCGUUUGCGUUAGCCUGCUUGGGGUGCCAUGUGGGCGGGGUUUGCACUUUUGGUUCGUUUCGAUUGGUUCAAUUGCAACAGGCAACCUCAAGCUAGCAAAGCUAAAGUAUUUGAAAUUAUUUUAAAUUGUAUUUUGAUCCCAGGUCUGGUACUUUACACAUGACAAUGCAUUUUUAACUUGACCUUCACAGAAACUGUAUGUUGAACUACAGCUCAGCGGAGUUGGAGAGUCAGUGUGACAGAAACGGAUAGAGCGAGUGAAGUGUUGUUGACUAGAUCUGUAUCAUCCCGUAUCUCUCUCUCUCUCUCUUUCUCUUCCUCUCGCUCUUCCUCUGGUUCCCCUGGCCAGACGGAGUGUGGUUGCCAGUUCACUUCCAAACUGGAAGGCAUGUUCCGAGACAUGAGCAUCUCAAACACAACCAUGGACGAGUUCCGCCAACACCUACAGUCAACGGCGGUGAGACACAGAGACACACACUCCCAGAACCAGUCCAGUGUUGGUUCUGGGGAACCAGCUUGUAGUCCUAAAUUUUUUUUGAAAUAAGUUACCUCUGGUUCGUUCAGCCAUUCCUAUGGGGAAAUAAUAGGGUUUUGGGACAAAAAGUAUAAGAUCUCCUAAGCCUGUGUUUACCACAUACCUUAUUUUCGGCGUUUAUCAAAAAAACGUACAAAAACUCCAUUCAUUUUCCCAUAGGCUUUGUCCAACGACCCAUGGCGGGGUUAGUACCUACAAAAAGACGCCAUUACUAUUGCUCUUUAUUUAACCUAGCAUUAGCUCUGUCAAAGCGAAGAGCACAUCUUGUGGAGCUUUUGAUGGUCAUUCUGACCAUUGGGAACCUCAGUGAAAGACGUAGAUCUAACUUCCAUCCCCAGGUGUCGUUGGGCGGAGUCGAUCUCACAGUGAGGGUGUUGACGACAGGUUACUGGCCAACGCAGUCCGCCACGCCCAAAUGUAAUAUCCCCCCUUCUCCUCGACAUGCAUUUGAAGUCUUUAGAAGGUUUGUCUUUGUUCUUCACUGUAUCUCAUUUACUUUGCAUAGCAGAGGCCAUAUAUUCUCUGCUGCAGGUUGUGGAAGCGGGGCGCUGUCCAUUGUCUGUGUUUAUCUUUAACGCUGUAGUGUGUGACUGUCCUCUGGUUCUGCUGCCAUAGAUUUUAUCUGGCCAAGCACAGCGGCAGGCAGCUCACGUUGCAGCAUCACAUGGGCUCUGCAGACCUCAACGCCACCUUCUACGGCCCAAUCAAAAAGGUAUGCAGGGGACAGUCUUUGCCUGACUGGCUGACAGACAGACAGAUUGAUGCACACACACACCACUAAUGUCAACAUCAGGCCUUGAUAACAGCAGGUGUAUCAAGGCUGCACUUGCCUUUGAAUAUGGGAUGAACAGGGAUGUGUGGGGGGCGGGGUUAAACUAACAUUUCACACAUGUAUGUGUUUAAAUAAGCAUGACCUAGUCAGUGAUUGAACAGAGGCUACAUUGAUGAUUACUCCUGUGUGACUGAGUUACCUGAAGGCGGCCGGCCGGUGGUGACUUCUCUCUUCUUCUCUCUCCCCAGGAGGACGGGUCGGAGGUGGGGGUGGGCGGCGCCCAAGUAACAGGCUCCAACACCAGGAAGCACAUACUGCAGGUGUCCACCUUCCAGAUGACAAUACUCAUGCUCUUCAACAACCGGGAGAAGUCCAUGUUUGAGGUACAGCCGCUAAUUGAAUGCGUAGCACAUCACUGAAUAAAGUAAAGUUUGUAAGGGGGGAUGUAUUUGGGCAAUGUGAUGUCUUUAUUAUAUGUGCAGGAUGUUGAUAUUUGUGGUCUGGCAAUGUCUUUCCCUGAGGGGAUGAGUAAAGUUAUAUUGAACUGAAAAAGUUAGACACUCUUGUUUCUCUAUAAAACAAUGUAUUCUUUGGUUUCAGUAUAGUGCAGUCAUGGAUCAAAGGAUCCCUCUGCCUCAUCUCCAUGUCUCCUCUUUGUCCCCAUCUCUCGCUCUCUGCUGUGUAGGAGAUCCAGCAGGAGACAGACAUCCCGGAGAGGGAGCUGGUGCGAGCGCUUCAGUCGCUGGCCUGCGGGAAGCCCACCCAGCGCGUCCUCACCAAGGAGCCCAAGUCCAAGGAGAUCGAAAACGGCCACGUGUUCACCGUCAACGAUCAGUUCACCUCCAAGCUGCACCGCGUCAAGAUCCAGACAGGUAGACAAACCCACUUAGCCAUACAGGCCGGUCUUGUGGAACACAGAUUCAAAGAGCUAGGGCAUGCAUAACUGAAAUGGCACAAAAACAACCAGGAUUUAUUUUGUUUCAACAUUGCAUUCUGAAGUGUGCCGUUGAACUGUAUGUAUACCAACCUUCUAGGGUCAUUCUACCCACAGAACUAUAAUGAGAUUCUAGUUCUAUGAUUCUACCUCUCAAAUAGUUGUAGUGAAAACCCCACUGAUCUCCACUCAUCUGGAUAGCCCAGCCAGCUUUACCUGUGUAGCGUGAAUGAUAUAGUCCUGUGCAUGUAGCUGUCAUAUGUGGUUCCCGGCUGAAACUUGUUUCCUUGUGUUGGUCACUAGUCGCCGCUAAGCAAGGAGAGACGGACCCGGAGAGGAAGGAGACGCGGCAGAAAGUGGACGACGAUAGGAAGCACGAGAUUGAGGCGGCCAUCGUCCGCAUCAUGAAGUCUAGAAAGAAGAUGCAGCAUAACGUACUGGUAGCAGAGGUCAGUGGAAUAGAGUGUAUGAACAUUGAGGUGUUUCGGGGUACUUCUGGCUGUACCUCUGAGUAUUUCAUUAACGUCAGUAAUUAGAUGUGAGAUCCGGUUCUGAUUGUGUCUGUUUGUACCGUCUCUCCAGGUCACCCAGCAGCUGCGAUCGCGAUUCCUCCCCAGUCCUGUAGUCAUCAAGAAGCGCAUUGAAGGACUCAUUGAGCGGGAAUAUUUGGCGCGGACACCGGAGGAUCGCAAAGUGUACACUUAUGUAGCAUAA